CAAUGUAUGAGGCCUUUCUAAUGCGCCUACUGCGCACGCGCGGGCUGCCCUGAGCCUGCUCCGUAGCCCAAGCCCGCUAUCUACCCUCCCUCUUUCUUUCUUCCAGGCUUUGAAGUAGAAGGGCGGAGAACAGGACUCCCCUUGCCCAUACUAAUAAUGGCGCCGCUGAAGCGCUGAAGUAUACAAGAGCAUGCGCAAAGUCUACGUUCUGUGGGCUGCUGUAGCGCCGAAAGGGAAGAUGGCGGCGCUCAGGUCUCUGUGGAGAUUGCGGGCACCUUCAGGGUCAUGGAUACAGGGGAUUGCGUUGGGGGCGGCGCCCAGCAGAGGAAAGCAGUGGCAGCCUGAUGUGGAGUAUACUGAGCAGUUUGGAGGUGCUGUCAUGUACCCCACCAAAGAGACAGAAAAGUGGGUCCCUCCUCCUUGGAAUGACAGGGAUUCUCCCUCGGAUACAAACGUCUCCAAUCUGACCAUCAACUUCGGUCCUCAGCACCCUGCGGCUCAUGGGGUCUUGCGUUUGGUCAUGGAGCUGAGCGGGGAGACGGUGAGGAAGUGCGACCCCCACAUCGGCUUGCUUCACAGGGGUACUGAGAAACUGAUAGAGUACAAGACCUACCUCCAGGCUCUCCCGUAUUUUGACCGGCUCGACUACGUUUCCAUGAUGUGCAACGAACAGGCUUACUCCUUGGCAGUGGAGAAGCUGCUGAACAUCCGUCCGCCCCUGAGGGCUCAGUGGAUCCGAGUUCUCUUUGGUGAAAUCACACGUCUCUUGAACCACAUCAUGGCCAUCACCACCCAUGCUCUGGACGUCGGCGCCAUGACUCCCUUGUUCUGGAUGUUUGAGGAGCGGGAAAAGAUGUUUGAAUUCUACGAGAGGGUCUCCGGAGCCCGGAUGCAUGCUGCUUAUGUCCGGCCAGGAGGGGUCCAUCAGGACAUGCCUCUGGGGCUGAUGGACGACAUCUAUGAGUUCAUGAAGAAUUUCUCUAUCCGGAUAGAUGAGGUGGAAGAGAUGCUUACAAACAACCGAAUCUGGAAAAAACGCACGGUUGAUAUUGGAGUGGUCACAUCGGAGGAAGCUCUCAAUUGUGGCUUUAGUGGAGUGAUGCUUCGUGGCUCAGGGAUCCAGUGGGACCUUCGCAAAAGCCAGCCAUAUGAUGUCUACGACCAGGUGGAAUUUGACGUCCCAAUAGGGUCGCAGGGCGACUGCUACGACAGGUACCUGUGCCGAGUGGAAGAGAUGCGUCAGUCACUCCGCAUCAUCCUGCAGGCCCUCAACAAGAUGCCCGAGGGGGAGAUCAAAGUGGACGAUGCCAAGAUCUCCCCUCCAAAGAGAGCAGAGAUGAAGACUUCCAUGGAGGCCCUGAUUCACCACUUCAAGCUGUACACAGAGGGCUAUCAGGUGCCCCCUGGAGCUACGUACACAGCUAUUGAGGCUCCCAAGGGGGAGUUCGGCGUGUACCUGGUCUCCGACGGCAGCAGCCGGCCUUACCGCUGCAAGAUUAAGGCUCCAGGCUUUGCCCAUCUGGCUGGCCUGGAUAUGAUGUCAAGGGGUCAUAUGCUUGCGGAUGUAGUGGCCAUUAUCGGCACCCAGGAUAUUGUCUUUGGCGAAGUGGAUAGAUAAGCAUUGAGCUGCCUGGACUGAACAGACGUUGCUCCUCGGAGAGGGCGGCCUCUUCUUCUCUGGCCUUUCGGGCCGCCCAGCAAGGACUGUGCAUGCCUCUUCCUUUUUGUGUGUGUCUCUUUAUACAGUCUUGUGUGGCCCUUCCUUGUGACAGGGCUUAGCUAAAAUUAAAUUAAACUCUCUCAGCAAAAGCUGUGGAAUGGAAGCAA